CGCACCCGGAGGCGGUCAAAGAAGAGGACACUCGGGUAGCGGUCCGGCUAACUUCACAGCUAACUAUGCCUGGGAAAUGUAAAUUCCAAGACUCCUGGCUGUCGAAGGAAAUUUACAAAGACUGGCUGGUUAAGGACAUCCAGGACAUUCAUUUCGCCCGAUGUCGCGCCUGUUGUAAAUCCAUUAAACUUCAGACCAUGGGCGAGGCUGCGCUCACCAGCCACGCAGGGGGAGCUGGCCACAAAGCAGCGGUGCGCAAGCUAGUGGAAGGUAGCUCAGUCAGACGAGUAGGAAAGAUGAUGAUGAUAAAUGCUGCUGGUCAGAUGAACAGCAGCCUAAACAAGACUGAGGACACAAAGGAACAAGUGGCCCUCUGCCUCCAGCGUGACACCUUGGACAGAAUAUCAGGCAGUGAAUGGUCGGAUCUGCACCAUAGCCCAACCACUGACUCCACCUCCAACAAUGCAGAUCUGCAGGAUGCAACAAUUCCUGCUGCCUACUUCACAACACCAGGCACCUCUAGGCUCAGCCAGCGACUCCAUGGAUCUUGCAGCGAGACAGAGGACGCCGGCCACCGCGUGGUCCAGCACGACUCCGUGGACCUGUCCAGGCUGGAGCAGCAGCAGAGGGCGGAUGCUCUGGAGCAGCAGCGGCAGAUGAAGAUCCUGGAGUGGGAGAACAGGAUGAAGGUGCUGGCGUGGGAGCAGGAGCUGGUGAGGGAGAAGAGGAGAGCAGCCCGGCAGAAGGAGAAAGCUUUCAGGAUAAAGAAGGCGUACUACAAAGCUAAGUUAAAGAGGAUGGGCGAGGACGUGCCGCCAUCGUCCAGCAGCGACGAAGAGGAGAAAGCGCCUGAUCCGACAGGAUGAACCACUAGUUGUGUUUUUAUUAGUGUUUGUUUCUCUAUCCAUCGUGCAUUAUGAAACUUGAUAGUAUUUUUAUAAAGUACACAGAUUUUUACUAAAAGCAAAUGGAAGAAUCUUA